AAGCCAGUUCCCAUGGCAACGAGAUCCCGAAUGGAAGCAAGCAAGCACAAACGCGACAUAAGGGUGCUGUUCACGUGCCCAUCAGCAGGAUGGGCAGUGACAUCUGCGUGGCUUCCGACGUUAGCGCCACCGUUGCCACGAUUCAUACUUGCGGGUGGCGUAGGACGGGGGGGGCCGCACGAGUCGUCUGCCCAGCCGGUACGCCGGCAUUUCAUUGAACUUUCUUUCGAAAAGUACUCGCCGAGAGCGAGCGGUCGUAGCGCUAAACCAAAGUCACCAUGGACGCCAUGUACACGGCUGGCGCGCACAUGACCAAGCACCUGCAAGAGAAUUUCGACGGCUACGACCGCUUCUUCUAUUGGAUUUCGUUCGUGGCCGACCCGCCGCGCAACGUGCUCUGGUACUAUCCGAUCACAUUAACGUUUAGCACUCCACUCGGCAUCCGUAUCCUCGUCGCGUCAUCGUGCUCCGAGUUCCUAAACGUAGCCAUCAAGUGGGUGUUGAACGAGCACCGUCCCUUUUGGUACGUCAAACUUAAGUCAGACAUGGGCAUCCAGCUCGCGCAGACGCCCCAGACGUGCGAGACGGGUCCGGGCUCGCCGUCUGGACACGUCAUGAUCACCGCGGCCGUCCUGUACGUUGUGAUCCGCUACGCUCUCAGCUGCGUCGACAAGACCCGCCACCCACGGCGCCGGUACCUCAAGGCGAUCGCGUGGUCCGCUUACGUCUGCUACCUGACCGCCGUCGGCGCGUCUCGAGUCUUCAUUGGGGCGCACUUCCCGCACCAGGUGAUGCUGGGCUUCGCUAUGGGCGUCGCGACGGGCUACGUCCUGGAGCGGUUCGACAUCGACCAGUGGCACUUCCCCGAGUUCGCGUCCCUCAGCGGCCUCAUGGCCAUGACGUGCGCCACUGUGUUCACCGGCUUCAUGGCGCUCGGAGUCGACCCGCAGUACACAGUCCACCUGGCGCUCGAGGCCUGCGACGACCCUAGCUACGUCAACAUGAGCUCGACGGUCCUCUACAGCAUGAUGCGCAACAUCGCGUGCCCCUUGGGGGUCGGCAUCGCCAUGUCGAGGCCCAACUUCGGCAGGGUGAUGGAAGGCGCGAAGCGGGCGCCCGUGUGGGCCAAGCUGCUGGCGGGACUGGCAGGCGUUGGCAUCGGACGCAUCUUGCUCGCCUGUCCGCUGCCCAAGCGGGAGUUGGGCAUCUAUGCCGGAGCGUUGAUCCAGUUCUGCUGCUUCUCCUUCGCCAUCAGCUACGGGAUACCCUACGUCCUGCACAAGAACUAUAAGCAGGUCAACAAAGUUCUCGCGACACCUCCGAAAAAGAAGGACUGCUCUUCCAGUUCUUCCUCGGAUGAGGAGUAAAGAGGUGGUGUUGCGCACAGCGAGAAGGAAAAAGAAAAAAAAAAAAGAAAAACGACGGGAAGAGUGGCGCACUUUUCAAGAGGCAGCGACAACAUUCCAGUGGCUCGCUGGCACCGAUGAUGGGGUCGAUUUCUCUGUACAACCAACAAAUUAUUUGUUUCGAGAAACAAAAACGAUGCCGGAAUUCACUUUCUGCCAUUUCUUCAAACGCGUUUCGCACCGCCACCCGCUCUCCUCCUUCCUCUAGAAACGCCAGCGCAACAACCUAAAUUCUCAACGAAAGUGCCAUUGCCGUAGCCGCCUGUUGGAUCCAAUCCAAUCCACCAGACGCUCCAUGCGAAGCCGUAUGAUCGCUCCAAACUUCCCAGCUCCCGUCGGGUUCAGCGCCUAGCAGACGAAAUGCUUGGUGGGAGGAUGAUUGACAGGAGCGUGUCAUCAUUUUGACGUCACCAAAAACGUGGCCGCGCCCCGCGGCUGGCGACGUCCGCGCGGAGUAGGCCAAUCGCGUGCACCGGUAACCGAACGAACGCGCGGAACAACCAUCUCCGAUCGCACCCCAUGUCACGGUUCUGCACAUCAAAAGAAUGAAACACCGACAGCUGAACGCUAGUCUGCGUUUCCUCCUCACAACAUCUGUGUCAUUUCACUUUAAACAUGUCAGGUCAUCAUGGCAUAAAAGAACAGAACACGAACAGCUGCGCAUUCAUUCUAGUUACUUUUAAACUCUGAGUUUUACAAGGCAGUCAGUAGAAUUUCUGCGAGCUAAUAUGCUAGCUUCUUGUUUUUGUCCACCAGCUGAGUGAUGCCAUUCAAGCUAAUACGCAAUGAUUGGACAAAAAUAAACCGUCUAUCUCGUCUUUCACUUAAAUGACAUAAGGUGUCAGAUUUACUGCUAGCUAUUACAGAACAAGCAGUGACAGCCAAUAUGUGUAAUACUUGUUGGUCUCCGGCUUAACGAGAUGAGAAAUCAAGCUCUGGCUUGCUAACUGGAAAAAAAAAAAAAAGUGUGAAUAUGAAGUAGCAAAUUGGGUGAUAUGGCAUGUCUAUACACUCAUCCAUGCAAAAUGUGGGGCACUGAAAAGAAUAAUGCAGGCCAAGCAUGCACUAUCAGAUAAAAUUUUGAAUGGGAGCAACCCACCAUACAUACAGAAGCAAUAGAGAGAAUAGUAAGUGUGCCACAAAGUAUUAUAUUGACUGUGUUCUAAUGCACACUUUCCUUUUCAGAAAAAAAUUUCACUCAAAUAUGAUGUGCACGUGAGAAGAGAAUAGAGAACUAAAACUGCAAUAGGUGGCACUGAAAUCCCACUACCCUAAUCUUGAAUCUCGCCUUACAAUCUUGAAGGCCGUGCUGCGAGCGCUGGUCCACUGCGACUUGGAUGCAGUAAAUUUUAUUUUUCCAAGUGAGCAAAAAUCAUUAUUUAUCUCUUACUGUAAAAGUGUGGUAAAGGAACAAUCAAGAGUAAAAAAUUGGAUGCACGCUACAAUUGAAGGUGCAUUGGAAUCUAGUAAAUACAGUAUACAUGCCAUGAAUGAUUUAUUGUUGAUUAACGUGUGGCAACUAAACCUGUACUGUUCUUAGGUGACUGAACAUAAAGAAUGUGCAACUGCUGACUGCAAGUGCCUGCAAAUGUUAUUUUGCUCUGGCAUGUCUGGCUAUUUUCCAAGGACGAGGGUCCUUCGAAGCCGACUUGUUCCCAGUAAAACUGGACUGAAAGAAAUUGGUAUGCUUUUCUUAGGGCUUUCUGGUUCUUAAUGACUCUUAAGUCCUGUCUAUUAAUAUUCUUUGUGCACACUGAUACAAAAGUUUGAGAAUUCAAAGCCGGGCUGACUGAUCUUUGAGAUGAAAGAUACAAACAGCAUGUCUGUGCUGCUUCUAUCUCAUGUCCUAUGUUACACAGAGAUAUGUGCAUGUUCAACUGACACUAUUCCAUGCAUUAACACUGUUGUUGUCUAUGGUUUGCAAUAUUAGUUCUUUUGUGGUUUUCCUGGUUUCAUUUCAAUUUGUUCAUGUGAGAUUGCUGGGACAAGACAAAAAUUACUUGCCAGUCCCACCUACACGAAAAAAGAGACACCGAAGCCAGAGAAAGCAUACAAAAAAUUAUUUAUGCUUAGUUGAACCGUACAAAUAAUAAGAAAAAGAAAAAUGAAAGUGGACAAAACGUUGACUUGCCACAGGUGGGACACGACCUCGCAUCCUUCGCAUUACCCAUCGUGGUGCUUUACGUAUUACGUUGCCGCAGUGGCCUUGCUCUCGCCAACUUUCUUGGGUAUUUGCAUAUGUGUACAAGGUUAACCCUGAGAGUAUAAUGCUCAUGACCAAGCCAGCAGAAGGAUCCGCUCAUUCUUUGGCCUCAUAAAUUACUUAGGUGUUUCUGAAUAAGCACCUCCCAGUCACUUGACCUCCUGUAUUUAUCAUCACAUUACACUUGGGCUGCCUCAGUGCAAGAGGAACCUGUACUCUGAAUCUUUCAUCCCAAAAACAAGCCAAGACUGGAAUCGCCCUCCAGCUUCCAUCAUGUCUCCAUCACUCAUCCUGUGUUGUUCAAGACUGCUGCUGUCUGUGUCCACGUGCUGCUUCUUUGCUCUGCCAUAAAGUUUGUUUUGUAUAAUCACUCCUCUCUGUAAUGCCUGCAUGGCCCUGAGAGUAAAUAAAUAAGAUGAAACCUUGGUUUAAAGAUGA